AUGAUCUUUAAGGUCCCUUCUAGUGCAAAUUAUCCUAAUGAUGAUUCUCAUGACUGUAAUUGCUUUCCAAACAGCCGUUUUGUGAGUGUGGCUGAACUUUUCUUUGCUGUUAGCAGUUCCUGUGACAUUGACACGCCUUCCGAGGGGACAAUGUCCAACGUGCCGGUGGCCGUGGUGACAGGCUCCAACAAAGGGAUCGGCUUGGCCAUCGUGCGAGCCCUGUGCAAACAGUUCCCGGGGGAUGUGUACCUGACAUCCCGGGAUCCCCAGCGAGGCCAGGCUGCCGUGGCACAGCUCCAGCAGGAGGGGCUGCGGGCGCUUUUCCACCAGCUGGACAUCGAUGACCUGCAGAGCAUCCGAGCGCUCCGGGACUUCCUGAAGGACAAGUAUGGAGGGCUCAACGUGCUGGUGAACAACGCUGGCAUCGCUUUCAAAGGUGGGAGGUGCUCUGCUGGGUUAGUCCUGUGCUCUGUGGGUGCAUCCAGCACUUCUGUGCCGGUGCCAUGCUGUGGUUUUGCUUGGGCAAACUUCCCAUCUAAAAUAUGAUGUGUGCCAGGGAGGGGCAUG